GCGGACCCCUCGGCGAACAGGGAUUUGUUGGGGAACCGAACUUUGCUCUUCAUCUUCAUCUGCGCCUUCGCCUUGGUGACUUUGCUGCAACAGAUCUUAUAUGGCAGGAACUACAUCAAGAGAGGCCUCCAGUUUGGUUGGCAGAGUGGCGACCAGCUGGACAAUUGGACGGGGCUCUUUAAUGCCACGGACGACCCAGAGUCACCCGGCGGCAGUGACUCCAGCUCCAGGUACUUUGAAUUUUACGAGGGCCCUUUAGAAUAUAACUCCACAAGAUGCCUGGAGCUGAGGAACGAGAUCUUGGAGGUGAAGGUGCUGUCCAUGGUGAAGCAGUCGGAGCUGUUCGACAGGUGGAGGAGCCUGCAGAUGUGCAAAUGGGCGAUGAACAUCUCCGAAGCCAACCAGUUCAAGUCCACUCUGUCCAGAUGCUGCAACGCCCCCUCCUUCCUCUUCACCACCCAGAAGAACACGCCCCUGGGGACAAAGCUCAAGUACGAGGUGGACACCAGCGGCAUCUACCACAUCAACCAGGAGAUCUUCCGCAUGUUUCCCAAGGACAUGCCCUACUACCGGUCCCAGUUUAAGAAGUGCGCAGUGGUGGGCAACGGAGGCAUCCUCAAGAACAGCCGCUGCGGGAGGGAGAUCAACAGCGCCGACUUCGUCUUCCGGUGCAACCUACCCCCCAUCUCAGAGAAGUACACCAUGGAUGUGGGGGUGAAGACGGACGUGGUCACCGUGAACCCCAGCAUCAUCACAGAGAGGUUCCACAAGCUGGAGAAGUGGCGGCGGCCCUUCUACCGCGUGCUGCAGGGCUACGAGAACGCGUCCGUGCUGCUGCCCGCCUUCUACAACACGCGCAACACCGACGUGUCCAUCCGCGUCAAGUACGUGCUGGACGACUUCCAGGCGCCGCAGGCCGUCUACUACUUCCACCCGCAGUACCUGGUCAACGUGUCGCGCUACUGGCUCAGCCUGGGCGUGCGCGCCAAGCGCAUCAGCACCGGCCUCAUCCUGGCCACGGCCGCGCUGGAGCUCUGCGAGGAGGUGCACCUGUUCGGCUUCUGGGCCUUCCCCAUGAACCCUGCGGGCCUCUACAUCACUCACCACUACUAUGACAACGUCAAGCCCCGCCCCGGCUUUCACGCCAUGCCCUCCGAGAUCUUCAACUUCCUGCACCUGCACAGCCGCGGCAUCCUCCGCGUGCACACGGGCACCUGCAGCUGCUGCUGAGGGCUUGCUGGCUGCCCUGCCUGCCCGGCCCCCAGACCCUUGCUCCUCCUUUCCCUUCUGCGCUGGGCAGGGCAGGGCGAAGGUCUGGCUGGAAGGCUGUCUGUCACUACCUGGUAGUUCAGCUUCAUGCUUGGGACCCACCCGUGGGCCCGGAGACAGGGGUGGGGUUCGGGGCAGAGUCAGGUCUGUGCUGGGCAUCCAGGGACUUGGUCUGGGCCCCGUGUCUCUGCCCGGCCCACGGUGGCAUGCUGCUGGGGAUUGCCCGUGAAUAAAGCACAUUUCCACUCAAUGUUAGCAUCCAAGAAAGAGAGCACACUGUAUUGGCCUUGUCACAGCUAAAGGAAGGCCCCAUGGAGAAUGGAAGAGAGACGGCAAGAUUUAAUUCAGACUUUUGGGCUCCUGAGUUGUAUUCCAAGGCCUCAGCCCUGAUUUGCUGUCUAGAAUCUCAGAGCUUAGCAGCCAGCUCAGCCACCAGACCUUCCUGUGAAGACAGAGUGGCCCAGAGGGGUCCAGAGACUUAUCAGCCAAGGUUACACCUACUGACCGAGCCCAUUAAGUGACCAGUGAAAGCUAAUGCGAGGCCUGUGUAAGGAUCUUCGCAGAGACCCCAUCAGCUGAGGAGAGCCACACCGUUUCAUACAUAUCUUCACACACACAGUCUUGGUGCCUCCGGGUUCAAUCCUGCAUCUGAUCUUUUGAUGAGAAGAACAUAAACCAGACCAGCCAUUUGCACUAAGGUUUUCAAGCCAAUGUUACCGCCUCAUAAGCGCUCAGUGAUUUGCUUCCUCUUCUGGCUCCUUAUUUCCAGCUCUGUUUUAACCAGGAGUUAUUUAUAAGACCCGUUCCUCUUUAUGUUCCUGAAUACUGCACAACGCCGCUAUGUCGUGUUCCUGAACAGGAACCGUAAGGCUCGGUUAUGAACCGAGUAAACGGUGAGCUGGGCGGCAGGAAGCCCAUCAUGGCCCCGGACACCAGCAUCACCGAGGGAUCUGCACAGGCAGGACCACCCACGUGGCCAGCCAGGCAGCCCACGCACACAUGUGCCCGCAGGGCCUGCACUGGGGGAAGUUAGCUGUGUCUAGCUGAGAGGGAUCAACAGGUCACUUCACAGCUGAAAUUCAUUCCCUUUGCUUCCGGCGUGAUGUUUCCACCACUAACUCGGCCGUGCCGGAUGGACACUGUUGAUAAAUUGCCUUAGAACUUAGUUUUGUAGAAUCUUAGAAUGUUAGUCCUGGGGGGAGGGACUUCAGCCUCCUCCCUCCCUUUCUUUUUUCUCCCUCCCCCCCUUCUCUCCUUUCUCCCUCCCUCCCUUUCCUCCUCCUUCCUUCUCUCCUUUUCUUCCCUCCAUUCUGUAAACAUGCCCAUAGCUUGUUCUGUUUUGAUCUGGGCUUGGGCUUGGACAUAAUGAUGAAUAUGGACACAUCUCAUUUUA